GUUUCAAUAAUCAAUGUUUUUAAAGAUAUUAUUAUAUACAAUUUAGAAUGAAAGCGAAAAAUUACAUUAAAAAUGUUUUCACGAGCAUUAACAACUAUUUUAUUGCCUCGCGCUGUGCAAUACAUUAAGUUAUCCUUACAAUAUUAUCACAAUAUUAGCUUAAAUUUUGAAAUUCCGGAUAAUAAAUAUUUUCUACCCAAUCUAAGAUACAAGAAUUAUGAUUCGAAAGUUUCAGAUAACUCAAGUAAAAUUAAAAUAAUAUCUUCUUUGAAUUUCAAAACAGAAGAGGAUGGUUUACCAUUUCAUGAACUUCCUAUGAGAACAUUACUACACAUAUACAAAACUACAUUAAGAGAUAAUGAGUGCGGAUACUGCCAAAAUAGACUUUACUAUUUAUCAGAUUGUCUCAAAUGUCCACCGUCUAUUUUGGGCAAACUUGUUGCUAAGAGAACCUUUAUAUAUUCUUUAUCAUUUGAGUGGCUUCAAAAUUCUAUGAAUAUACUAAAGGAUUACAAUGUUAGCAACGAAAGAAUCCUAAGAGAUUUAUGGGUACUAAAGUAUCAUUCAAAAACAAUAGAAGAUAGAUUUUUAAGAGUUAAAAAUUCAGGCAUCAAUACUUACUACCCUUGGAUGGUCAGAUGUUCAGAAGAUAUAUUGAGAAGAUAUAUAGCAAUAUCACAGGAGACAAAAAGUAUUUUAGGGGAAACAAAUACUACAAAGAAUUAUCUAGCGCAACGUUUAAAUACAACACCAGAAUUUGUUGAUGAAAUAUUUUUAAAAGUUAAAACACUGAAGUGUAUAAGAGUGACUAAGGUGAAAAAAUUUAUGGAUUUUCUCACCCAAGAAGGGUUUGCAGUGGAAGAAAUUGCUAAUAAGCCAAGAAUAUUAGCGGCUUCCCAGGACACAAUUGCGCAAAGGAUACGAAAACUAAGAAGCUUGGGUGUAGAUAAAAUCAAUUUAAGUGUGUUAUAUAGAAGCAAAAAAGACUUUAAAAAAAUUUGUGACUCCAUGAUGUACGCUAAAGCUGGUGUAAUAAAGGAUGUAGAAAAAUAAUAUAUUAAAUUACUGUAAUAUUAU